ACACGGAUUAUUUAUUUGUCACGCACAGGAACCAUACAUUGGCUACAAUUUCUGGUAAGCGUUUAAGAGCGGCGUGUGUUUCAGUGACUUUCUUCUGAGGAGUUCUGUUUUGUAAUUCAAACCUUGAAGUUGUACAAAAACACCAUCAUGGAUAUAAGACCAAACCACACCAUUUACAUCAACAAUGUAAAUGAUAAAAUUAAAAAAGAAGAACUGAAGAGGUCACUAUAUGCACUGUUUUCUCAAUUUGGUCAAAUUGUUGAGAUCGUGGCUUUGAAGACUAUGAAAAUGAGAGGACAGGCAUUUGUUGUGUUUAAAGAGCUUGCCUCUGCUACAAAUGCUUUGAGGCAAAUACAAGGAUUUCCAUUUUACAACAAAGCCAUGCGCAUUCAGUACGCAAAAACAGAUUCGGAUGUUAUUUCAAAAAUGCGGGGCACGUUUGGUGACAAAGACAAGAAGAAAGAUAAGAAGAAGAAAGCGCAAGAACAGGCAGCAAGUGCAGCCAAGAAACCAGCACAGGGAUCCACAAAUGUGCAAACAACUUCAUCUCAAAAUCAGCAGGCACCAGACAACCCACCAAACUAUAUUCUGUUCCUCAAUAAUCUGCCUGAAGAAACUAAUGAAAUGAUGUUGUCCAUGCUUUUUAACCAGUUCCCUGGCUUCAAAGAGGUACGCCUGGUGCCUGGACGUCAUGACAUUGCCUUUGUUGAGUUUGAAAGUGAAGGGCAAGCUGGCACUGCAAGAGAUGCACUACAGGGGUUCAGGAUCACAUCCUCCAACGCGAUGAAGAUCACUUAUGCCAAAAAAUAAGACUGGAUUGUCUGGAUUUCCAUUGACUAAUUUUAUGAACUUUUUGAUUUUUUUUUUUUUUUUGAUUUUUUUUUAUCUAAUUGAGGAUGAAGUUGGAAAGGAAGAGUCAUUCAACCCUUUGUUCUAAAACCCUGAUAAUAUAUCCUAAGUAACACAAUGCUGUUUAACUCUGGAAUGUUUGUUUUGUACAAUAAAUUUUAUGUUCAAA